AUGUUUGCCAAGAAACAGAUUGUUUUACGGCCUAUUGCCAGCACUGGCUACAGCACGAACAUUGUUGCAGGUCGGUGGCGCACGAGCCAGAUGAGCGCGUGCGCGGCGGCCGCCAUGCGCGAAAAACACGCGGCGCCGCGCCGCCUCGCCUCGCCGCCAUCCUCGCCGCACGACCACACCAGCCCGCUGGGCUCCCCGCGGGCAGAUGAGCCCCUCGACCUCAGGGUCACGCACAAGCGCCCGCAGCGGCUGGAAGACGAGAACUGCAACCUGAUCGUGCCCUCACCGCCGCCGCACCCCACGCAUCCGGCCCACCCGGCACACCCAGCGCUGCUGCAAUUCUGCCGCCGACUGCCGCUCGCCCUGCCGGCCUCUUUCGGCCGCUACCCCUUCUUGCCGGCCGCGGCGGCCACCCUCCUCGCUCCCGGCGCCCCCCGGCCGCCGCCGGUCCCCCCGAACCCCGGGGUGAACAGAGCCCGCGACAGAUACACGUGCUCCUACUGUGGCAAAGCGUUCCCCCGCAGCGCGAAUCUAACCCGACAUUUAAGGACCCACACGGGCGAACAACCGUACCGCUGCAAGUACUGUGAACGGUCAUUCUCCAUUUCGUCGAACCUCCAACGGCACGUGAGGAAUAUCCAUAACAAGGAGCGUCCGUUCCGAUGUCGUCACUGCGACCGCUGCUUCGGGCAGCAGACCAACCUAGAUAGACACCUGAAGAAGCACGAAGCGGAAAACGGAGAUGACAGCCGUCGAAGAUCGCCGGAGGAGACGUACUUCGAAGAGAUUAGAUCGUUCAUGGGACGCGUUGCACCGGCGCGCCGCGCCGCCACGGCCGCUGCCAGCGGCAUGGACCACACU